CUUCAUGACUACAUCUUCUUCCCUUUGAGUCUUUGUACGAGUAUAGAAACAAUGUGCCGGAGCUCCAAAGAAGCCACCUCCUUAGCUUUCAAUUAUAAUACCAAUAAACUGUAUAGUACAUGUUUAUUCUUACCGAAAUACUACUUUAAUUCUAAUAGGUCGUCGCUACUACUUGGAAACCUUGAUUCGCCUGGAUGAUCCAAGCAUGUGGAUAUCCCAUUCAGAACGGCAAGGACGAUAAUAGCAUACUCGACAAGAACGAAUGGGCCACUUCCCAGACGAGAACUAAGCUGUCAAUAGAAACUGCGACGCUCAUUCUCCUCGUACACUUCCUCCAUUGUCUUCAGACUAUAUCCUAAUCGACGGCUUCCAUAUUUACUCCCAGAGAUACCACAUAUCCAGUUCGGAACUCCUUUCCCUUUGAUCGGAAUUAUUACUUUAUCGUCAAAGUAAACAAACGUAAAUAAUAAACAAGGGAAUAAUAAACAAUACGAGUCCGCGAACUCGCUUUCAGCGGCUUACCCAGGCUAGGCUACUACAACAUUUUAUUGUUUUUUUGCCUCUUGGGAUCGAAACUACAAUGGUCAAAACUUUAGUUGAUCUGUGCACCAAUGUGUGCAUUAAAAACGUCAAAGACAUCUCCGACGUAGGCAGCGCGCCUUACUCAAUUCUGCGCUCGAUCCUUCUGAAGAUCGACAAUCCCGCGCAACUACGAGAGGUGGAGGAGAGAUCUCCUCACAUCCAAGGCGAUGACGCCGAAUGUUGGCAGCGUCUCAUCAACCGCGAUUUCCCUCACCAAGUAAAGAAGCAUAACUUCGAACCACGCAACCCUACCCUGUGGCACAAAGUCUACGACAAAUACAAGAAGAUCGAAGUCGAGGAGAAGCGCGCUGCAUUGGAGAAGUUGACUUCUAGCCUGAAGACCAUUAAGAAGGAGAAGCAGGAGAAGGCCAGCAAGGUUAUCAAUUAUGACGCAAGGAUCCUCGGUCCCGCACCAGGUCGUCGCAAAGGCGUGGGCGGACGAGAGGUUGCUGGCGCGGGCGGUCUUCGAUGGGGUGGCGGAUCGCGAACUAAGACGACAUCGGCUCAGAGCAUUAUGCAGAAGGCUAGACGGGAAGCAGCCGAAAUCAGUCGCCGAAAUAAGCUCAUGACUCCCACCGGCCAACUACCGGUCCGACGGGGACAGAUCGUCCAAGCUCCGCUUGGUAUGCGAGAGGAGCAUCGGAUCAAGACUCUUCCUACUAUGCCUACUCCGAGGAGAAUUCAAGCGCCCCAGCCGCGUACCGGAGAGCGCUGGGAGCGAGAGCAGAAGGAACGUGAGGCUCGGUUGCUCAAAUUGAAGAACGGAACUACUACGAAGAAAACGACUAUUAUCUCGGACGACGAGUUUGAUGAAGACGACCAGUUCGACGACGACGACGACGAGGUCCGGGAGGGAGGUAGUUUGAAUGUUGAAGAGCUAGAGGAUCUCUUUGACGACGACACGCCUUCUACAUCCAAUGCCCCCAAACCCAUCAAGACUGCCGCGGUGUCUCAGAAUAAGCCCUCCUCUUCGCACUCAUCGGUCACCAACCUCAGCCUUACUCGCGCAUCUGGUUCAUCCGGUCUCGCUGGGAUGAAGAUGGGUCACUCCUGGAAGAACAACCCUAUGAGAAUUGUUCCCAUCGAGUCGCCUACGCAAAAGACGGCUUCUAAGUCAUCGGCAUCUUCUCCGCCAGCGGCCAAAUAUACGGCAGCUUCUCCUCCCCUACGACCCUCGAUGCCAUCAAAAGCAUCCUCUUCGCAUCCUCCCGCGGAGGGCUCUACCUAUACGGGUACUAGCAACUCAAGCGCCGACCCUAAACCCAAGCCCAAACCUAUGCUCGGACAGAAGCGAAAGGAACCUCCUAGCGUUUUCAUGAAGCCAAAGUCGAAGGGCCGACGAAUGUCCUAAAGGACAUAAUGUCCAGCGCGGGUUUUAGAUUGCUCGUUAGGGGUCAAGACGUAUGCAAGAUUCUAUCUAUUAGUACACGAGACCGCUAAGCAGCCGGCUUCGGCAAACUCAUUCUACGACGCUUUCGUCACUUUCUACGAGAUUUUCUCUUCUUUUCAACCACUACUAAAAUCGGUUUAAUCUCGAGGGAUUCUCUACUAUAGGAUGGGCGUAACGAUGAUAUCGGAUCUAUCGUUUCUCUGUACAACGGUUUUUUUUCUUCUCUUUCUAUUCCCCUUACGAGGGUACGAUGAUUUACACAUGGCGUCGGAGGAUAUGACAUUUGCAAGGAGAAAGGCUGCGUUGCGUUGCGGAUUUGCUUCUCUUUAUUCCAAGAAGGGAACAGAGAAGGCCAGUUACUAGAUAUGACAUUGAUGCCUGUCACCUCUCUCGAUACUACGGCAUCCUGGUGGAAAUGCGCCACGGAGGCUGGCCUGUAUAUGCAUAGCUCGGCAGUAGGAGGAUGGAUAUAUACUGCGGAAAGGAAGUAGCGGAUGAGCACGCUGCGUUUGUAUUUAGUCCAUGAGCUGCGGACUUUAUAGACAGCCACUGAUUUAUAAUGAGAUGCAUUGGGUUUUAAAA